CGUGGAUGACGCGUGCCCUUUAGACAUAAAGCAGCUUCCCCUUCCUUCAGUCUCCAUCCAUCCAUUAAAACGGAGCUACCCAACCCCGUUGGAGCUGCCGAUUCACAAGUAUUCACACAUCCAUACAUUUAUACAUACAUUCAUACAUAGUGGGGUGCUCCCUUCUUCCGUAGAAUCUCCGGUAGGAACCAGAAAUUCUCAAUCUUUUAAUCACCCCCAUUGUCCCAAUCUCCGGUACACAUGUUUCUUCUUGAUUCUUGAAUUUACAACUAUGUUUUCCAACUUGUAUGCCUAAGGUUCUGUUGUAAUCAACAUGGGUGCUUGUACCUCAAAACCUCCGAGACCGAAUCCUUAUUCCCCUCAAGAAAUCCUCCCCCCACCGGAAAUUCCAAACGUCGCUGAAACCCACAAGGAAAAUGAAGCUAAAAAAUCACCUUUUUUCCCAUUUUACUCUCCCAGUCCUGCUCGUUUUUUUCUAUCCAAGAAAUCACCUGCCCGUCAGUCUUCUGCUUCUAAGAGUGCUAAUUCUACUCCGGCGAGGUUGUUAAAACGCCCUUUUCCUCCUCCUUCUCCGGCAAAGCACAUUAAAGCUUUGCUUUUGAGACGGCAUGGUAGUGUCAAGCCUAAUGCUGCAGCUAUUCCUGAAGGAGAGGAAACUGAGGGUGCUAACUUGGAUAAGAGUUUUGGGUUUUCUAAACAAUUUACGAGUAAGUAUGAAAUUGGGGAGGAAGUGGGUAGAGGCCAUUUUGGGUAUACUUGUUCUGCUAUUGUCAAGAAAGGUGAACUCAAGGCUCAGCAAGUUGCUGUUAAAGUCAUUCCAAAAGUCAAGAUGACAACAGCUAUUUCCAUUGAGGAUGUCAGAAGGGAAGUUAAAAUUUUGCGCGCCUUAACAGGACAUAAUAAUCUCAUACAAUUCUAUGAAGCAUUUGAAGAUCGUGAUAAUGUCUACAUAGUGAUGGAGUUAUGCCAAGGAGGAGAGCUCCUUGAUAGAAUACUUGCACGGGGUGGGAAGUACUCAGAAGAGGAUGCGAAGGAUGUCAUGGUACAAAUAUUAAAUGUUGUUGCAUUCUGCCAUCUCCAGGGUGUUGUGCACCGUGAUCUUAAACCUGAGAAUUUUUUGUUUUCAUCUAAAGAUGAAUCCUCCCAGUUAAAAGCCAUAGAUUUUGGCUUAUCGGAUUUUGUGAGACCAGAUGAAAAGCUUAAUGACAUUGUUGGAAGUGCAUAUUACGUAGCACCGGAAGUUCUGCACAGAUCAUAUGGUAUAGAGGCUGACGUGUGGAGUAUAGGUGUAAUAGCAUAUAUUCUUCUGUGUGGUAGUCGUCCUUUUUGGGCUCGCACAGAGUCUGGAAUCUUCAGGGCUGUUUUAAAGGCUGAUCCAACUUUUGAUGAAGCACCUUGGCCUACACUAACUUCGGAGGCUAAAGAUUUUGUCAAGCGACUAUUGAAUAAAGAUCCUAGAAAAAGAAUGAGUGCUGCUCAAGCAUUAUGUCAUCCUUGGAUGCGUAAUCACAGCGGUGCAAAACUACCGCUUGAUAUUCUUAUAUUUCGACUCAUGAAAGCAUAUAUGCGAUCAUCCUCUUUGCGUAAGGCUGCUUUAAGGGCGCUGUCGAAAACUUUGACAGCAGAUGAACUGUUUUAUCUAAAGGAGCAAUUUGCAUUGCUGGAGCCAGACAAAAAUGGCAACAUAAAGCUAGAAAAUAUAAGAUCAGCGUUAGUGAAAUAUGGAACAGAUGCUAUGAAGGAGUCUCGGAUUCCAGAUUUUCUUGCCUCGCUUAAUGCACUUCAAUAUAGAAAGAUGGAUUUUGAAGAAUUCUGCGCAGCUGCCUUAAGUGUUCAUCAGCUGGAGGCUCUUGAGCGCUGGGAGCAACAUGCUAGGUGUGCGUAUGAAAUUUUUGAUAAGGAUGGCAAUAGGGCUAUUGUUAUAGAAGAACUCGCAUCUGAACUUGGACUGGGUCCUUCAAUACCAGUUCAUGCUGUCCUUAAUGACUGGAUAAGGCAUACAGAUGGAAAGCUAAGUUUUCUUGGUUUUGUGAAAUUGUUGCAUGGUCCUUCGACCCGAGGACUUGCAAAGGUGCAGUAACAUUUGAACCACUUUCAAGAGUGCCCGAUAUACCAGAGUCUAGACAUUGUGGCUGAGAUAGUCUUCAAGCAUUUCAACAUUACAGAUAUCAGCCACCUUGCACUGAAACGUCAAAAUUCCUAGGCCUGCUCUGAAUUCAAUUUGCUGGAGUAUGUUUGAUUCACGGAUUUCACUCUCAGCACAUAUUUGAUUGCUUUACUUCCACACCAUGUAGUGUAAAGAUUUCUGAUGUUGUGCGGGUAAACACAUGGUUGAUUGGACUUGCAGUUGUUUGUUACUAAGGGGAAUGGUCCUGGUUGCAACUCCUGCCAACAGGGAUUAACAAGAUGUAGUUGCUAGUUUGCCACUUAAAUUGGGAUUGUGGUGUCGGUAUAGAUUAUAGGACCUUAGUUGAUUCAGUGCUGGAAUUGAUUGAUUGAUUUAUAUUUAUUGUCCAAAUUUGAGUCCAGGCUAAAGUUGCCUGGGAGUUCAAUUGUAUCUUCGUUCUUAGCAGAUAAAGGUGCUUCUGUUUCAGGUGGCUAAUCAUCUCAAAGGUGCUUUCUAUUUGGAAACCAAAUGACUAAAAUAAUGCUGCCUCAAGUAAUACAUUCCACAAUCAAUGGGAAUGAGUAUUAUUCUCCAUAUUGACAUGAUAUUUCACCAGUUCUGCUCAACUGAGCAUACCAAAUAGCAAUGAUGUAUUGGGAGUUUGGGACUGUUAUGUUUGUACAAGUGUAAUUGCUGGCUUGAACCUGCUAAAGUACAUCUAUGUACUCAAAAUGUAUCUACAAGUAUAUGUAAUUUAUUUUCUGUUUGCUUUAAGGAUUUUACUUUUGUGUUUCA